AUGGAGCGGGGCGGACCCGCGCUGGAACUGAAGCUCUGGGCAGCCCAGGAGAUGGGGCUGCCCCCCGCGAAGGUGCCCCCCGACGGGGCCUUCCGCCGGAUGUGCUCAGGCCAGUGUGCGGAGAUCUGGAGAUACGUCACCCAGCACAUGCACCACCAGAGGAAUGUGAAGAAGAUCCGAGGGAACUUGUUGUGGUACCAGCAUCUGGAGGAGGCAGAGGGAAAGCCCAGCAGGUCGGAACCGGAGCAGGAGCGGCGCCGGAAGCUGGCUCAGGGCCUGGCCCUGCGUGGGGAGCUGCAGCAGUUGGACCUGCAGAUGGAGACGGCCCAGAGCGAGGUCAUGGCUGACGAAGUCUCCCUGGAGGCGGCCCAGGAGCGGAUCCGCGACGCCCAGCGAUGCUCUCUGCUGCUCAAGGCCUAUGCGGCCCGCACGGCCAAGGAGUGCCAGCAGCUGCAGGGCAGCAUAACACAGCUGGGGGGGCGGCUGGAGCAGCUGCAGGACAUCAGCAGGCGUGCCAAGGUGGAGCUGACAGUGGGAGGGAAGGUGCCUGACCUCGGACUUGCUGGCGUGGAGCCUGAAGUACUGCGGGACGUGCGGACGGCCUGCCAGCUGCGCUUCCACUUCCUGAAGUCGCUCUUCGAGCACAGCACGUCUGGGGCCCUCCCCAGCGGGACAAGCGAGGAGCUGCUGGAGGCAUCCUACCAGCACUGGUUGAGCACGGUGGAGGACAUCGUGGGUUCCCACCCUCCCAACCACGUCCUGGCAGCCCUGGAGCACCUGGCCCUGGAGAACACCCUGCAGAUGCAAGAGCUCACCAGCCGCAUUGACAUUCCCCGCGACGUAGAGGCGCUCAAGUUCCGCUAUGAGAGCGCCCGCCUGGAAGACCUGGCGGGGCCGCCAGCAGCCCUGCCCUCGGUCCGGGGCCUGAUACAGGAAGACUGGAGCAGGUGUGAGGAGCUGUGGGUGCAACGGCUCCCCCUACAGGCCCGGGAGCAGCGCGGCACGGCCCAGCUGGUCUCCCUCCUGCAGGAGAUGCACCGGCUGCUGGCGGACGGCUCGGAGCGUGCCAUCCUCACCAGGGCAGUGCUGGAGCUGGAGCUGCGGGCUGUGCGGCGGGCGGGGCUGCGGGAUGGGCUGCACCGGGGCUGUCGGGAGCUGGAGUGGGAGGCGAGUGCCCGCCACGCCGAGCUGCAGGCCUUGCAGAGCAAGCGGCAGCGCAUCUUGGAUUUCCGCCACCGGACUGAACCCCCCCCUCCCCAAUACACCCAGCGCGAAAAGCAGCAGCACAUCUGGGCGCUGAUCAAAGGCACCUCCUGCAUCAAAUCCCAGCUCUGCAAGGACCAGGCCGAGGUCCAGGCCUUCGUGCAGAGGAAGCUUCUGGGCCCGGAGCAGGACGUGACGCUGGAGUCGCAGCGGCUGCACGGGGGGGUGGAGCGCGAGGUCCGGCAGCUGGGGGCCAUCGCCCUCCCCUGACUUCUGCGCCGCGGCCUCCUGGGGUCCCAGCAGGUCCCGGCCCACGAGCUCUCCAUCCAUAGGCUGAGCCGGACGGCGCUCGCCCAGCACCGGGCCUUCCUCACUGUGUGCCAGGCUUCCGGCUUCCCUCUCUACAAGGCCCCGGAGCACCUCCUGCCCCACGUGGCUGAGCUGAAGAAGGAGCUGCUGGCCCUGCGUGCCCAGCUGGGCUACAAGAAACAGGCGUUGGCCAGCCUGCAGCAGCGCCAGGGCUCCCCGGGGACCGACGCACAAGCCCUGGUGCAGGCCCUGCGGGACCACGACCGGGAGCAGGCCGGAGCCCUGGGGCCGCGGAUCCAGCUGGUGAUGGAGCAGUGCAGGCAACGCAUCGAACCUAUCACGGACCAGCCGCCGGAGAACCCCGCUGCCCAGCUGCUGCUCCUCCCGCCAGGGGACUGCUUCCUUGGAUCCCAGCCGCCUGGGAAACCCUCCGGCGCCCAGCUGCUGCUCCGGACGCCGGGUGCCGGCUGCCAGGACUGGGGGGUGACCCUGCCCGUGGGCCCCCUGACCGGAUGGAGCGGCUCAUGCGUGACGAUCCCUUGCUCUUACACCUACCCCGAGGGGCAGCUCGUCAGAGCCGUGACCUGGAGCCGGGACAAGGAGAGAAUUGUGCAGCUCACCGCAGCAGCGGGGCAGGGCUAUGACAAGGCCGAGCGCGCCCAGUUCCUGGGUGACCUGCACCACGACUGCACCCUGCGCCUCAACCCGCUGGCGCUCGGCGACGGGGGCGCCUACUCCUUUGAGUUCCAGACCCAGAGCCAAAGCUGGAGAAGCCCCCGAGCCGUGUGCCUCACGGUGUCAGAACAUCCCUGCAGGGUCAAAUAUAGCAUUACUAGGACCGCCGGAGCCCUGAACGGCAACUUGAUCUGCUCCAUCUCCGAGCGCUGCGCCUCCUCCGGCCUGCAUUGGUACGACGGAGCCGGCGCGCGGAUCCUGGAGGAAACUGAAGCUGGCACAAGCAAUAGGCUGAGGAUGCGCAUCAUCUGGCAGCACCGGGGGGCGGCGCUGGAGUGCCGGGUGCAGGGCUACCGGAAUAGGUGCCUCCCCAAAGGGUCCCAGCCCCCAGCCACAGGCCGGCCCCCCCGCCUGAAGGUCCUGGUGGACAUGGACGGCCCAGGCCCGAUCAGGGAGGGCGACUCGUUCACGCUGAGAUGUGUGGAGGACAGCGGGUCGCUGGACCAGGUCUACUUCUGGAUUCACAACUACGGGGACCUGCACGGGGGUCCCUCUCAGCAGAUUGAAGGGGCAACCUUGUCUCACGGGGGCAAUUACACCUGCAUGAAGUGGGUCUCCGACAUAGGGCAUGCCUACCUGGCCAUAUCCCCCACCACCUAUGUGGCCAUCCUUGGCCCUCAUCGCAGCACGGGGGAACCCCUGUCCCUGACGUGCCGGCUGGACACCAGCGCUUUUGGCGGAUUGGGCUUCUCCUGGUACAAGGAUGGCGAGCGGCUGGGGUGGGCACAGGCAGAACUGGCUUUCCCGGGCGUCCAGGUGGCUGAUGGGGGAAAGUAUCAGUGUGAGGUGCACAACAUCCUAGGGAAAUCCACCUCCCUGCCACUCACCAUCACUGUUGUGUACGGCAGUGACUGGUACCAGCUGAGCCCUGGCCCCAUGGCAGGCUUCGGAGCAGGGGUCCUGCUGCUCUUCCUCCUGAGCAACCUCGGGGUUUAUUGUCUGGCCAGGAGACUCCGUCAACGGAAAGAACUAGGGGGGAAGUCAGCAGGGUAA